GUUUUUUCCUCUCGUGCCGAGUCCCCCCACCCUCGGUCCAGCCUUGGCUUCCAGGCGGCCCCAGCGCGGUCACAGGCCACCCCCUGGGGUGCCCGGGGAGAUGUUUCAAGCCUUCCCCGGAGACUACGACUCCGCCUCUCGGUGUAGUUCGUCGCCGUCGGCCGAGUCCCAGUACCUGUCAUCAGUGGACUCCUUUGGCAGCCCCACGACUGCCGCUGCCUCCCAGCAGGAGUGUGCUGGCCUUGGUGACAUGCCUGGCUCCUUCGUGCCCACGGUCACUGCCAUCACCACGAGCCAAGACCUCCAGUGGCUGGUCCAGCCCACCCUCAUCUCUUCCAUGGCUCAGUCCCAGGGCCAGCAGCCACCUCUGGGCCCCCAGCUGCCCACUGUCGACCCCUAUGACCUGCCUGGUACCAGCUAUUCUUCCCCUGGGAUCAGCGGCUAUGCCAGCGGUGCAGGACCCUCGGGGGCACCUUCAACUGGCCCUCCACCCUCACGUCCUGCACGGGCCAGGCCUCGACGGCCCAGAGAAGAAACGCUCACCCCUGAAGAAGAGGAGAAGAGGAGGGUCCGGCGAGAGCGGAACAAACUGGCUGCGGCCAAAUGUCGGAACCGAAGGCGGGAGCUGACAGACCGUCUACAGGCGGAGACGGACCAGCUGGAAGAGGAGAAGGCAGAGUUGGAGUCAGAAAUCGCCGAACUCCAGAAGGAGAAGGAGCGGCUGCAGUUUGUGCUGGCAGCCCAUAAGCCAGGCUGCAAGAUCCCUUUUGAUGAGGGGCCCGGGCCAGGGGGCCCCCUGGCCGAGGUGAGAGCUUUGCCUGGGCCCACGCCCACUAAGGACGAUGCGUUCGGGUGGUUCCUGCCGCCGCCGCCCCUGCCCUUCCAGACCAGCCAGGAGCCCGGCCAGGAGGGGCCCCCAGACCUGACGGCUUCUCUCUUUACACACAGUGAGGUCCCAGCCUUCGGCGACCCCUACCCUGUUAACCCUUCGUAUACCACCUCGUUUGUACUCACGUGCCCGGACGUCUCCGCAUGCGGCGGUGCCCAGCGCAACGGCAGCGACCAGUCCUCUGACUCCCUGAACUCGCCCUCCCUCCUUGCUCUGUGAAUUCUUUUAGAGGGAGGGGGCGCUUCUCUCUGGAGACAAAAAACUGGGGGGAGGUUGCUACACCCCCCUCCACUCUUUUGGCCUGCACCUACCUGAGGAUUCCUUUCAUCCUCGAGGGGUCAUUGACCUGAGUCAGCCUCUCUUCAUCCUUGGCCACCAACCGCCGGAUUCCUCUCGACCUGAGGCUUCCUUCCUUCUCGGCCACCGACUGGAUUCAUCUUGACUCGAGGCUUCCUUCCUUCAUCCCUCCUCAGCUGGGAUUCCACUCACCCUUGGUCUGAUGCCUGGCCCUUCCUUGAGCCCUGACCCUUCGACCCUCGGAGCUUGCCCUACCAUGCCUAUUUGACCCUCCACUCUGACUGUCGCCAAUGAGAAAGGCGGAGACUUUGUGGGGGAUGCACCUGAGGGCUUUGCUCCUGGGGGAGGAGGGGAGGGAAGAGGUAUGGAGAGAAAUUGUUGGUUGCCAUGGCCUGCGAGCCAUGUGGGGCUGGGGGCUUCAGUGGGUUGUGAGGGGGAGGGUCUGGGGGAUGGGUUCGAAACCUUACCUGUGAUGGAAUCUCAGGCCCUUACCCAAGACAUCCCCUGGUCAUUGUUUCCCCAUCAGCUCUCCCUAGAAGAGUAUUAACUUAUAUAGCCACUUUCCAAAGUCAGAGGUGAAAGGCUCAGUCUCCUUCUUUCUGCCCCCCAUGGUUAGGAGAUGAGGAGCCUCCCUUCCCCUUUGUAAGCAGUAUUAUUAUUUUAUUAUUCCUAUUCCCUUUUUCCCAGUAAAUCCUCUUCACCUGCUUCCUCUUCUCUCACCCGCACCUCUCAAGCCCUUGGUGGUUUCGCUGGGCUUUCCUUAUUUCAUGUGGCUGGUAGAGAAGGGUGACUCACCCUUCACCCUUGCCCCUAGCUGAGGUAUUUAUACUGUGAAACGAGGUCUUGGGGAAGGGUAGGGACCAGGGAAGUACAGUGAUGUCCUCAGUCUCCUUUGGUGGGGAGGAGAAAUGAAGGGAAAGUUUCCCUUUACCCCAGACUGGGUCUCCCACCCCUUCAAACUGAUAUACUCUUCCUCUAUAUCAUCCAACAAGUGAGACAGGGUCCUUUUAAUGGCACCAUGGGGCGCCCUGCUUUAAUGUCCUCUUCUGUUGGGUUUCUUUUUCCUCCACCCCCCCCCCAGCCUAGGACGCCAGCUUCUCCCCUGUCUUGUCCAGGAAGAUGGGCCAGCUCUCUUAGGGGAGAAGUGACAGAGCCGAGGCUUCUGGCCUUUGGGGGAGCCGAACCGGUGGAACUCAUCCCUCCCCCUUACUUCUUUGCUUAAAAUUGGUGGUAGUUUGGCAGGAGGGGGUGCUGGAGGACAGUGAUCUCAAAGCAUCCAUUACUCUCUGAAGCUGGAUGAUUCAGGGCCCAACCCUGGGUUUUUCCCACUCAUAUCCAUCUGCCCCCUAAUUCUAUCCCAUUCCUCUUCUUUUUAAAUCUGGGGAACUGGUAUCUCAACCUAUUGGUCACUGGGAUGAUAAAAAAGGAUGGAUACUCAGCUCCAGUCUCUCCCGGGCCAUGGUCCUUCUUUCUCUUCCUCUUCUCCCCUCAUCCUGCAAACCUCACCUCCCCUACCUUAUGUUUUUUUUUACAUUUGCAGAUUUCCUCAUUUACAAUUGAGGGAAAGUGAGACUCUGAGACGUUAAGUGAUUUGCCCAGGGGCUCAGAGCUAGUAAGUGUCCCAGGAAGUAUUUGAACCCAGGACUUUCUGUCUCUACGUCCAGAGGGACCACCUAUGAUUUUUAAAAAUUUUUUAAUUUUGGAAAUUCGGCCUGGGGAUCUCAAAGUAUCUAUGAUGUCCUAUGUGAAUAGGACAAUGAGACAGCUCCAGGAGGGCCUAAGACCCUAAGCUAUCCCCUUAGCUCCAUCCCCAGGCCAAAUCCUCCAGGCCUUAGGAAAAGGCCAAAAAUAAAAUCAGGCUCCCCCUUCCCCAUGCCUCCUUUUUCCUUUCUGCCUCAUGCCCUGAGAAUUGUUCACAACAAGAGAAAUUCCAGUUUUAAAAAAAUCUACGAGAUUGGGACCCCAUCCUUCCUGUUCUAGUCCCUUUUACUGCAUGGUCAACAUUCCACACCAGACCUGUUCCCUCACUAACCACCCCCUCCCCCAAAUCCCUGGCCUCAACAAUUUCACCCUUUCCUGGUUUCCAAAAGGCACUAUAUCUAUUCUGUACAAAUAUAUAUUAUAUUAUAUUAUAUAUAUGGUGUGUGUGUGUGUAUGUGUGUGAGUGUGUCUGACUGUGAUCCUGCCCCACUCCAGGCCCUCACUCAAUAAUCAGGGUACUCUUAGUUUCUCUGUCUCUCCUUUCAUGUUUGUCUCUGCUCCCUUCUCAGUAAUCCUGUCACCAAUUUGUCCCUGUCUCCCUCUCUGCCCUUCAUGUUGUCUGUCUAUUUGUCUCUCUGUUUCAUAGUCUGACUCUUUCUUAAAUUUCUGCAGGUCUGUCUGUGUCAUUCUCUCUCUGUGUUUGUCUUCAAAAAGGAUUCGAUUUUCCUGUGACCAAAUUCAAUGACUAAUUUGUUCCUCCCUUCUUCAGGGCCUGUGUGUGUGUGUGUGUGUGGUGUGUGUGUGUGUGUGUGUGUGGUGUUGGGAGGAAUUCCUCCAUCCACAGUUUAUUGGUUUCCACCCUGCCAGCCCCUUCCCCCUUACCCCCAUGCCCAAUGCUGUAUUUGUGAUUUUUUUGUAUUUUGUACCAGACCCUAGGAAGGGGCUGGGGCUGGGCUGGUUGGUGUUGGGCUGAGUGGUCCCUCUCCCUCCAAUCCCCAGGAUCUGCCUCAAGUGUUUCAACCCACCCAAUAAAAAGGCUUUACAAAAACACA